ACAAAAUCCAAUCUUUCUGCGUACUCGUCCCACACCAAGCCUUUCUUUUCUUCCAUAACUCUCUCUGCAUAACAAUGAUCAAAAUCAAACACUUUCUUCUUCUUCUUCUUCCUCGUCUUCUCCUAGAUUAAUUUCUUCCACGAUACGAUAUACUCGCUUUCAAUGGCUACCACUUCUCUCUCCCUCCUCCCAUCCUCUAUCAGCUUCUCUACGGACCGCCCAUCCACUUCAGCUUCCUCCUUUUCUUCUUCUUCUUCUACUCUCUUUCAUGGUGCUACCUCCCUCAGGUCCCACAAAAGUUUUUCUUCUCUAACCUCCUCCUCUUCUUUGAAGUCCAAUCCAAGGUUCUCUAAAAACCGUUUUGGGACAGUGUUAGCUGCUUCUGGAGACUAUUAUUCUACUCUUGGCGUACCUAAAUCUGCAAGCAGUAAAGAAAUUAAAGCUGCUUAUCGUAGAUUGGCUCGACAGUACCAUCCUGAUGUCAACAAGGAACCUGGAGCAACUGAAAAAUUUAAGGAGAUCAGUAAUGCAUAUGAGGUGCUAUCAGACGAUAAAAAGAGGGCUUUGUAUGAUCAAUAUGGCGAAGCUGGAGUAAAGAGUACUGUAGGAGGAGCAUCAAGCACAUAUACGACAAAUCCGUUUGAUCUAUUUGAGACAUUCUUUGGACCAAGUAUGGGUGGUUUUCCUGGAAUGGACCAAGCUGGAUUUGGAACACGACGUCGUAGUACUGUUACAAAGGGUGAAGACAUACGUUAUGACAUUGCUUUAGCAUUUUCCGAGGCUAUAUUUGGAACUGAAAAAGAAUUUGAGCUUUCCCAUUUGGAAACAUGUGAAGUUUGUACCGGUACUGGAGCAAAGAUGGGUUCCAAGAUGCGGAUAUGCUCAACUUGUGGUGGCAGGGGUCAAGUUAUGAGAACUGAGCAAACACCUUUUGGCUUGUUUUCACAGGUUUCUGUUUGUCCAAAUUGUGGUGGGGAUGGUGAAGUUAUUUCUGAAUACUGCCGGACAUGCUCUGGGGAAGGACGUGUGCGUGUUAAAAAAAAUAUCAAGGUCAAAGUUCCUCCUGGAGUCAGCACAGGCAGUAUACUUAGAGUUGCUGGAGAAGGCGAUGCUGGACCAAGAGGGGGCCCUCCUGGGGAUCUCUAUGUAUAUCUUGAUGUCGAAGAGGUGACUGGAAUCCAAAGAGAUGGCAUAAAUCUCUUGUCAACCAUAUCAAUUAGUUAUCUCGAUGCCAUACUGGGGGCUGUUGUUAAGGUUAAGACAGUUGAAGGGACUACCGAACUACAGAUUCCAGCAGGCACUCAGCCAGGAGAUGUGCUAGUCCUGGCAAGGAAAGGUGCACCAAAAUUGAAUAGACCGUCUAUACGUGGUGAUCACUUGUUUACAGUGAAGGUCACCAUACCAAAUCGAAUCAGUUCUAAAGAGCGGGACCUACUUGAAGAACUUGCUUCUCUGAGUAACAUUGCCAGCACCCGUCCACGGACUCGUGCAAAAGCUCAAACAUCAUCUGGAAGUACAGAAAAUCAGACAGCUAAGGUAGCGGAGAAAGUUGAAGAAUCAGAAGACCAGAAUGACCUAUGGAAGAAGUUGACUGUUUUUGCAGGGUCUGUUGCAAAUGGAGCUCUAAAAUGGUUGAAAGACAACCUCUAGGUAAUUCCCAUGCGGUCAUUUUUUCCUUUGUUGGCCAUAGAAUUUUGUUCCCCCUCAUAAAGUAGUUAUCAAAGGCGGAUGCGGUAAUUUACUUGAGCUGCUUUUAGCUGAAACUUUUUGGCCAAAUUGACAUUUCUGAAUUGUUUUCAAUUGUCAAUAACAAAUCCAAAUUGGUCUCAGAUAGUAGGAAUUCUUUAAUUUUUUCCCUGUAAAGUUCAGUAACUUGGAAUUUUAUACCUCAGUUAUCAUAUAAGUAGCUUGUUUAACAAUCAGUA